AUGGACCCCCGACAACACCAACAAUCAUCAACAACAUCAACACACCUCAAACCACCCCCGUCCACACCACACUCCCAAUCUCACCACUCCCAUCAACAACGCCCCCCGUCCACCCCCUCCUCGCACCACCACCGCACCCCCAUAACCGCGCACCCCAGCGCCACCAUCUCCGAAAGCCUGCUAAUCCAAGGCUCGCACCCCAUCUCCAUCGGAGCGAGCACAAUAAUCCACCCGCGAGCUCGAAUUUACUCCUACGAAGGGCCCGUGAUAAUCGGCAACGGAUGCAUAAUCAGCGAGAAGAGCGUUAUCGGGUCCGCGCCCACCACCUCCACAUCCACAACAUCAACCACAUCCACAUCAAGCGGCAUCGCCAGCAAAGACGAAGGGUCAAUUCUGCCCAUCCGCAUCUCAAACAGCGUGACAAUCGGCCCAGGGGCACAGAUCCUUCCGGGGGCGCAUAUCCAUAGUGCAAGUUGUGUGGAGGCGCGCGCGGUGAUUGGGAGGAGGAGCGUGGUGGGAUCGCAUUGUCGGGUGUGUGCGGGCGUUGAGGUUGCGGAUGGGGAUGCGGUUGCGGAUUGGAUGGUUGUUUGGGGGGGUGGGAAUCGGAGGAGGAGGAGGGCUGUGGGGAGGGUGGAGCCGAGUAAGGUGGUUUUUCCUGCUGGAGGGAAUGGCGUUGGGGGGUUGGAGGGGAGGGUGAUUGAGGAGGCGAGGUUGAUGGUGUUGCAGAGAGAGAGGGAUGCGUUGGUUAGGUUGAUUGGGGGGAGGAGGAGAUGA